AUGCCUCCGUCGCACCAGUAUACCAACUCCCAGUCCUUCCCGCGUCAUUCCAUCCUUCCGACAUCGACAAGCUCUGCUGGCUCUGCCGCCGGCUCCACCUCCAUGUCGGCCGCCAAAACCCGCCAGUACGCACAGCUGCACUCGCAAUUGGCACAGCUGAAUGCCCAUCUGGCAGAUACGGAGAACCUCCUCCGCAUGACUGCCGUCCAGGCGCAGGACAUGCGCUUUCUCGGGGGCUAUGUUGGAGCUCUAUUUAUGGGAUCUGCGAAGGUGCUUGGGGAAGAGGGGGUCAAGGCAAAUGCGGACGAAGGAUCUAAAGCCCGUCAGACGGUGAUGGACGAGGAGGAAGUGCAUACAAAGAUGGAGUCGUGA